AUGUACCGAUCCCUCCUGGUGCAGCUCCUCAAGGCGUUCCCAUACCUCCAGUCCGUGCUGGACGACACCGAUAUCGUCCCCAGAAGCCAGCAAGACUGUCCUAAUAUAAAUGCCCUAAAGGAGCUCCUCAGGAGCGCUGUCACGGCUCUCGGCCAGCGCUCCUUCACCUCCUUUAUCGACGCCCUCGACGAGUGCGACGAGCAGGAAGUGCGGGACAUGGUCGAGUUUUUCGAGGACCUGGCCGAGAUAACUACCGAAGGUGGCAUCCAGUUCCGCGUCUGCUUCUCGAGCCGGCCCUACCCGUAUAUUGACAUGCACCGGGGAGCCUUACUCGUUCUCGAGGAUGAAUUGGGACAUGGAGAUGACCUUGCCGAGUACGUUAAGACUCGUCUCAAGAUUCACAGCCGCUCGCUCCUUGCAGAGUUACAGUCCCAAAUUCUAGACAAGGCUGCCGGUAUCUUCAUGUGGAUCGUGCUAGUAGUGGACAUCCUGAACGAAGAAAGCAGACAGGGUGCGCUUGCUCUCAGGACUAGGCUCGCGGGGAUCCCGCCCAAGCUAAGCGACCUGUUCAGGAGCAUCUUGGCGCGUGAUGAGAAGGAACCGGAACGACUGCUGAUCUGCAUUCUCUGGGUGCUCUGCGCAAAGCGGCCUCUGAGUCCAGGCGAGUUCCGCCACGCCGUGUGGGCGGGCUUAUUAGAUCAGCGCCUGUCGGACCCCGAUCUGCCAGACAAUACGGACCAGGAUGCCGUCGCGCUGGUUACGAGUUCUUCCAAGGGCCUUGUCGAAGUCACCAAGUCGAAGCAGCCAACGGUACAGUUCAUCCACGAGUCGUCGAAGAGGGAGUCGGCCGCCUGUAUUCCAGGGGAAACCUAUGGCUAUCCGUUCUUCGCCGCGCUUGCUGGCGGCCACAAAGUCACAGCGGCGGCCCUCUUAGGCUUACCCUCCAUGACCUGUGACGGUGUUGAUAUAUUUGAAGUUGCACGGGCUUUAGCAAACGGGCAUGGACCUCUGGCGCAGCUUCUCCUCAACAACGGGGCGGACUUUAAUGCUCGGGACAAAUUUGGACGGACGGAACUAAUGCUGGCAUCUCAGGACGGACACGAGGAGGUGGCGCGGCUUCUUAUCGAGAAGGGGGCAGACGUUCAUGCUCGGGAUAGUGAUGGAAGGACGGCACUAAUCUGGGCGUCUGAGAAGGGGCAUGAGGCGGUAGCGCGGCUUCUUAUCGACAAGGGGGCGGACGUCAAUGCUCAGACCAACAAUAAAGGGACGGCACUAAUCUGGGCGUCUGAGAACGAGCAUGAGGCGGUAGCGCGGCUUCUUAUCGACAAGGGGGCAGACGUUCAUGCUCGGGAUAGUGAUGGAAGGACGGCACUAAUCUGGGCGUCU